AUGACGGCGUCGCACGGCGGACCGAUCACGCUCGAGAGUGUAUUACGGGCGCUGCGUCCGCGUCGUCCGAGCGCGAACGAUGGCGCGACGACGACGGGACGUGGCGAUGAUGAUGAGGAUUUGGGAAAAAAUCUAAAGGUGCAACUGCCAAACAUGCUCGCGUUGCUCCGACCGAGAGGUGGAUCGAACGGGAAUGCGAGCGAGGAGGCGACGCAGGUGCUCGCGCUGUUGAGACAGGCUUUGCGACGGCAUCCGGGGGUGUUUGAGCCGGGGGGUGGGACGAGUGCGGCGCGAGUGUUCGCGAGCGUCUUUGCGCUGAGCGCGAGCGCGGACGCGUGCGGGAAGACUCGGGAGAGCGCGCGAGCGGUGAUGUUCGGGUUAUUGAGCGCGGCGUCAAAGAGCGAUGGACGAGCGAUGCACGAACUGUGUAAAGGGUGCGUGGAGCUGGCGAGCGAUGCGAAGAAGACGCUGGAGUUAUUUGCGCGCGGAGGAAGAGGCGGAGAGGUGGACGAGGAGCACGAGUACGACGACGACGCAGCUGCGGCGCUGAACAAGGGAACGGUGGUGCUGUGUUGUUUCGACGACGCGAUGGCGCACGUGAAGCGCUCGGAGGAGUCGGCGUCUUCAGGACGGACGGUGGACGCGUCGGCGACAACGUCGACCGUGCCAUCCGCGCCGUCCGCGCCGUCCACGAGCACCGGAUUGAUGAUCGAGGUACAGAGUUUAGAGUGUGCGAUCAACAUCACCAUCACUGCGUGCAAACUUUUGGAGUGCGCGCUGGCGACAAAUCCGCAAAACGUCACGCCGUUGAUGACGAGCGAGCUCUUGUUCUCGCUCUCGCGUUUGCUCGUGAUCAGCUCUCGCGAAGUGCAGCUUGCGGCGGCAUCCGCGCUCAAAGUCAUCAUAUCGGAUAUACCUAUCGUGAUCGUGCCGUGCGAUACCAUCUUAGCUUCCGUUGCGAGCGUUUUGACGGAGCGUCCGCUGAAGAUUGACGAUAAAGUCGUCAUAGAGUUGGUUUACGUGCUCAAGGAGCUUGCAGGCGAGGAUGUAUUUCGCAAGCACGUAAACGUGUUAGUGACAUCUAUAUUGAGCGCGAUCGACGCGGCGAGGGACGAGUCCAUUCGCGCGGCACUCUUCGACGUGCUUCGAACGUGUUUGUCGAUGAGGCCAUCGUUAGCGAUUCAAGCCAUGGCGCUGCUGCCGCACGCCGUGGCUGCAGAGGGCUCGGACGCAUUGAUAGAAUGCUUGGCCAUGGCGUUUUCAAACAUAAAGGAGCAAGACAGCGAGGGCGAGAUGGAGAGUGAGAAACGAUCGCGAUUGAACGAGGGCGAGGGCGAGGAACAGCCCACCGUGAAUUUCGAUUACAAGGCUCGAAUGGAGUGGAUAGAGAGUUGCGUUGUGGCGGCAUUAGAGUUUCUAGGCGGUCCGGAUUCCUCGAUGAAAAGGGACGAGGGAGCGAGACAGUUGGAACGCGCAGACUCUAUGGACUUUGAUGAAAUGCUGCGCGUCGGUGCACCGAGCGACUACCAACGCGUGAUCGCGAUUUCCGUCAUCGUGCGUUCCAUCGCAGCCUCCGACGGCUCGCUGCGCAUGAAACGCAUCGCAGCACAAGUCACGUACAAGUGGCUCGGGUGGAUUCGCGGAUACAGCGACGACGCAUCUAAAGCACCGACAACCGCAAUGUACGCGCUAUUGGCCGCGGCGGCUAACUGUUUAGUAAACGUGAAGGGAGACAAGGAGCACAGGAUCCCGCCGUUACUCAGUGCUAAAGACAUUUCGCUCGACGUUCUCACGUGGCCGUGGACCUCGAUAGCGCGACGGGAUCAAAAUGCAGUCGUGGACGCGAUGACCAUCGAUGGUGAUCGAACAGCGAAACUUGCCGCUCUCAAUCUCGCCGUAUCCUUGGCGUCGUUGGAACUGUCUGGGGAAAAGGUGAGCUCUGAAGCAGCUCGACAAGUUCUCACAAGAGCGUUUUCUGAUCGGGACGCGGGCGUUCGCUCGGCCGCCGCGAUUGCGCUGCCCUUUGUGCAUGUACUCGCAUCAUCGCCUCCCUCCGGCAUCGGAGCGCUGCAACGACUAAGCGCGUUGAAGGAUGCAAGCGAAAUGCCAGUGCGAAACGCUUUCGCGACAGCGCUCGCAGGUCUGGCCGCCGCCGGUGUUCUCCAUGGAAUCAAGAAGGCCGCCGGGAACGACGCGAUUCGAAGGGCCGCUCGAUUGCACGGAAACACCGCGGUGACCGCGGCGUUCAAGUCGUGCACGCACGAACUAGGGAGCGACGAGGCGAAGGCAGCAAUGCAACAGCUCAUGCGUUCCAUGAAAUCGUUCCAUGAAGUCGUACGACGAGAGGUUAUGAAGGCCGUAAACGCGGUCGAUGGGAGUACCAUCGCUCCCGGAUUACCGCAGACGCCAGGUCCAUUCAACAAGAACAGACGUCGUCUCACGGGGGGUACCCCUCGCUCGAACAAGCGGACGCAUGAUGUAACGCCAUCGGUGCUAAACGCCGCUCUGACGUUGCAAGACUUGAACAGCGCUGGACAACUUGAAGGCGCCAUCUUGGAUGAACGUGACACAGACGGAUUAGUUGCGUCAAGCGGGCUGCGUUCUCUUCGAUAUUCAUUUGAGCUAUUCAGCGCCGCUGGCGAUUUCACUGAGAACGGGGAUACACUGAGCGGUGCGUGGACGCUCGCACAAGCGGCUUUGAAAACGGCUCACCAUAAGUCGUCCCGAGUCCGCGAGGCUUUGUAUGAGGCUGCGCCAGCGAUGGUGGCGGAUGAAAUCUUACUCGAGAUGGCGCCGGCGAAGAACGAGAAAACGGAAGAGCGUAGAAGAAGCAGCAGCGCCGCGGUUCAGUACGAACAAGCCGUGGAGAACGCACAACUCACAAUCGGUGUUCAAAUUCUUCGUAACUUGAAGGAGAGCAUAGACAGCGCGCCCGAUUCCUUCAUCAAGGAGUCGACUCUUCGUACGUUUGCCGCAGUCGCGGAGAAUCUGAAAAUUCCUAGCGCUCGAUCAGCCGCUGUCAUGGUGUACUUCAAGAAUAUUAUUGACAUGGAUCUGACGGCGCAGAACUGUGCGAUUUAUUUGCUCCGUCGUCUGGCGAAGAAAAAGCAUGUCCGCACGAGAGAGUUACUCCUCGGGACGCAAGACGUCGCCUCUGAGAUUGGCUGUCGUCUUCCGACACACGAGCACGCUAUUUCUACGCUCGCUGAGUUGGCUAAAAUGUCGCCACGCCAGCUGAUCGAAGAAAUCCUACCGCUGUCCAUGAUGCGACUGAUACGAAACGCAAUCAGCGGUGCCGGUGGAAAUGGUGACGACGUAUCCAUCUUGGAGGCGUACGCGAGACUUUUGAACAAGAACUUGCACCAGAUUGUGAGCGAAUACAGCUACGAAGCGAUCGCAGAGCUCAUCAAUCCAAGGACUGUAAAACCUCUGAGCGAGCAAGAAAGUCAGUCAGUCAAAAUGUUCUUACAGAAACAUAGCCAUGACGAUCUCUUGAGUCUCAUUUCAAAGCAAAAAGUGUUCAUCAUGAAGGCGUUGAUCACGCGUGCGGGGGCGAUGAUGAAGGAUGAGCAGGAAGACAUGAUCAACACCGCGGCAACGAUGUUGACCGUGUUCAAGAAUCUUGCCGAUGCGGCGCAGUCAGAUGCUCAAGAGGUGAGCGACUUUUUCCGACCGCACUUUACCCGCAUGGAGAUGGUUCUAUACGAUAAAAAUGGAGACAUGCUGUCGCACAAACGGUACAUCCGUUCCCUCACUAUCAUGGUUUCGAUAAUCGGCAAGCACUUGCCGCAGUUUGCGCCUAAGGUCAUGGCACACCUUGCACACGCACUGAACAACCAAGAGCUCCGACGAACGGCUUUGCAAAGUUGGAGAAUCUUGGUACAAGUCUUAUCAGAGCGACCGGAACACUUGCAGCGAGCCGCUGGACAAAUAGUCGUAGCCAUGUUGCCGUACUUGGAUGCCGACAUGGCGCACAAAGAUGACGACGGCACUUCGGACAAGGUCGCGCAAGCAAGGGCCCUGGAAGAUGCGAGUCAAGCCGCCGCUGUGAUAGACGAGCUUGUUUUACGCAGGGGUGACGUUAUGCGAGGUCAUCUGGAUAGGUUACCGAUGUUGCCAACCGUUCCACGUCUGCAGAAUGCGAACGCACGAAUAGCCCAAGAGCGAGGUCGUGUCUCGCUUCGCCAACUUCUCGCCAGUUUGACAGAAAGCUUGGCGGAUGAGUCCCUCGCAGUUCGCGCGACUGCUCUAGCCGAAAUACGACGUCGUUUGAAGAGUCCAGAGAAUGGGAACGAAAUCCAAGAGCUCAUUCAGGGUUUUGAAGGGUCCGCGGCAGAUACGACAAUGAGCGCGCUCGUCUCGGCUCUCUUGAAGUGCUGUGAGGGUGAAGGAUCGAGCGAGGCUUCACGACGAGUGCAACGAGCCGCAGCAAGCUGCCUGAGCGAACUUGGUGCUGUGGAUCCCGGUCGAUUGUUGAUCGAAACCCAAUCCGUGCAACCGCUUCACAGCGAUUCAGCGACGGUGGCAAGUAGUCUACUCGUGGAUCAUCUUGCCAGAACAGUGCGAGGGGCGAACGAUUCGGAGAUGUUGGAUGCUGCGGCGUACGCUGUACAGUGUGUUCUCAUCCAUGUUGGCUGUCGUCCAGAUCAAGUGGACGAGGAUGAUGCAGUCGGUCUUGAUCUACCGAAGGGUCACACUCCUGAAGGCAUUGAGUUUUGGGACUCGCUCCCGGAGGAAGCACGCGUCGUUCUCGCUCCGUGCCUGACGUCCAUGUAUCUCAUCGGUGGCCUGAGCAAGGAAUCCAAUGUGAAGCAGCGACCUUUGUACGGCAGCCCAGCAUCGGGUACGACCUACAACAAAUGGAUCGUGCAGUGGUGUCGGGCAUUGGCGCUGGAGGCAUCGGGUCCAAACGCACCGCUUUUUAAGGCGACCAUGAGUGUGUUCCGUCACGAUAUUCGCAUUGCCCUCUUUCUGUUACCGUAUAUGGUGCUUGAUGCGAUUCUGUGUAAUGAGGCGCGUAAAGAUGAAGUGUACGUAGAAAUCGUGGCGGUACUCAACGACGCAGCCGGAAGUGAUGCGACGGGCGAAGACUACAACUUGACUGGAUCAGGUGCAUCCCAAGGACGUACCGAACUCGCGGCGCAGACGAUUUUCUCGCUUCUUGAUCGACUCAAGAGAUGGGGUGACGCAAAUGCGCAGCACGAUCCAAAGAGCGCCGAAGUCGUGCACUGCUUACUGGAAGAUUUGUCGUACACGUUACUCGCCAAAGCUGCGCAGCGGUGCGGCGCCAGCGCUCGAUCCCUGAUGUACUUUGAGGACUAUCUGAGAUCGAACAGGAUGGUCCUGAACCAGGCAACAUGCGUCAAGCAGCAGGACAUCAUGGACAACGACGUGAGCUUUUUGGCAACUGUGUAUCAAGGCCUGGCCGAAUCGGAUGCGCUCACAUCGAUACCGCGUCUGCGCGCCACGCCACAGCCCGAAGAUCAACUUCUGCAGCACGAAGAGGCAGGCGAGUGGGAGCAAGCGUUGGUUCAUUACGAAAGCGCCAUGCAACGUGGUGAGGAUUCGGUGCACAAUCUCGGUAUCUCCGUCGCCGAGUGGGGUCGCUUGCGGUGCUUACAAGGGCUUGGACAUCUUCGAGCCGUCAAGCGCGAAGUUGAAAAUCUCAUUCGCACUCGUCCCGAUGCACCGACGAGCUUGGCUGAGGCCGGCGCGGCGGCGGCUUGGAGACUCGGUCAAUGGGACGAUUUGGACUCGCUAUUGAGUAAGAUCGAUUCUGAAAAUUCAACGCACCUCGGCGGUAGCUUGAAACGCUCGUACAGACAGUUAAACGUCGCGCCGUCGGCGCUGACACCAAGUGGAAUGCCAUUGACCACCAGCAUCGGGCUUCAAAUGAACGCUGAUGUACCUCAAUUGAGCGCGGACGCUGCCAUCGGACGUGUGCUUCUCGCAAUGCAGAAGAAUGACAGUCAGGCGUUCAACUUAGCGUGCGCUUCCGCGAGAGACGCACUCAUCACGCCACUUCGAGCGGCAUCGAUGGAAGGAAGCUAUCUCCGAUCACACGCAGCGCUGGUGCAGUUGCAUCUUCUUCAUGAAGCCGAAUCAGCAUACGAAGCCGUGCUUCUCACGCAAGAAGCGCGCAAGGAGGCCGCCGCGUCCAAAUCACACGUGCCAACAGAUAGAUCCUCAGGCAUCCCCGUGUGCGCGCUAAAGGAAUUGGCGUUUUGGGGCGAUCGUCUGGAGCGAACUCCUCCGAACAUGGCCACACGCGAACCGAUCUUAGCUUUUCGUCGCACCAUCUACAAAUUGCUCGGCGCCAAGUCCGCCGCUUCACAGACAUGGUUACAACAAGCGAAGGUUGCGAGAAGCGCCGGGCACUAUGGAGCCGCUCAACUGGCACUGUUCGAGGCGCGAUCGGAGACCGGUAUGUCGCUGCCCCUCGCCUUGGAACAGGCUAAACUUCUAUGGGCAGCGGAGAGCCCUCAGCGGGCCGUGCUUGAAAUUGAAGAAGCGCUGAAAGAUACCGACGCAGUCACGGCGCAUCCUGAACACGCCGCGAAAGCCGUACUGCGUUUAGCGCGCUGGGCUACCGUGACCGGUCAGAAACAGAAGAAAGAGAUCCUUACCUUGUACUCCAACGUCAUUCGAGAUUAUAAGAGUUGGGAGAAGUCGCACUUUCAUGUUGCACGCUACAUGGAUGAGUGGAUGAAGGAUGCGGCGAAGAGAGAACUCAACGGUGAAAUUGGCGCCAAUCUACCCGCGUCCGUGCGGCGCAAGGGUAUUGGUGACGAUGAUGAGGAAGCGAUCGAUCUCCUAAGCGAGACGGUGCGCGAAUACGGCGCGAGCAUCAAAUACGGGCACAGACACAUUUACGAGUCGCUGCCUCGCAUGCUAACGCUUUGGUUCGACAUUGGCGAUCGAGUGUAUGAGAUGGAGAACAUGGACAACGUCGACACUCGAAACGCCGCAAAGCUCAACAAGGUAUUCACUGAAGUUCUUUACGCCAUAAACACGUUCUCAGAUCAGCUCCCGCUGUACAAGUGGCUCACCGCGUUGCCCCAGCUCACGUCGAGAUUGGCGCACAACAGUCGAAAAGUGAGAGAGCUUGUGCAGACGCUCGUUACUCGACUCCUCAUUAAUUAUUCAGACCAAGUCUUGUGGGCGCUCGUCCCCAUGUCCCGCUCUCGCGACCCAGUUCGUGCAAAGAGUGCGAGGGAUGUGCUGACGAACGCGAAACAUGGGAAACAGGACAGAACCGGUAUGCGCGCAGACAGAGAGCUCCUGCAAGAGUUCGCAAUUGUCGCUGAUCACCUGGUGAAACUGUGCAAUUAUGCACCAAAGACGAGUUCAAAGAGCGGUCGACCUCCGAAGGCGUUCAGCUUGCUGCAAACAUUCCCAGACCUCGCAUCACUGAUGCCUACUCGGAUUAUGAUCCCGGUUCAACGCUCACUCACGGCGACUCUCCCGCCGUCGGGGACAAACCCGGCGGAUCACCGACCGUUUCCGCCAUCGGUGCCGACGCUGUUUGAACUGCAAGAUUCUGUUCAAGUGCUCGCUUCGCUUCAGCGACCGAAGAAACUGACUAUGAUCGGGAGUGAUCGCGAGGACCACGCGUUCUUAUGCAAACCCAAGGACGAUCUGCGGAAGGAUUUGCGGAUGAUGGAGUUCACUACGAUGCUGAAUAGACUGCUCGCGAGAGAUGCGGAGAGCCGCAAGCGCAGACUGUAUCUCAGAACAUUCAGCGUUAUCCCUCUCACUGAGGACUGUGGGAUCAUCGAGUGGGUACCACACACCUACGGUUUGAGGCACAUCAUCCAGAAGCUCUACGCUGACGAUGGAUUGUUCACCAAAACCUCAAACCAAGAGAUCAAGGAUCUGUACGAGCAGUGCAAGGGCCGCAACCCGACGUCGUGGGCCAAGGAGAUUCUGAGUCGACAUCCACCGGUCUUCCAUCGCUGGUUCCUGGAACGAUGGAAAGAACCGGCCGCCUGGUUUGCUGCUCGCACCGCGUUCGCGCACACCACGGCGGUGUGGAGCAUGGUCGGUCAUGUCGUCGGCUUGGGCGAUCGACAUGGAGAAAACAUUUUGUUUGAUUGCAAAACUGGCGAUGCCGUGCACGUCGAUUUCGCGUGUUUAUUCGACAAGGGCUUAGAACUGGAACUUCCCGAGCGCGUUCCUUUCAGGCUGACGCAGAACUUGGUCGAUGGACUUGGCGUCGGCGGCUACGAAGGCGUUUUCAUGCGCGUAUGCGAGAUCACUCUCACCGUCCUGCGCUCGCAUCGAGAGGCGCUCAUGAGCGUCCUCGAAACGUUCGUGCAUGAUCCUUUGGUCGAGUGGACGAGGAGUUCAAGUCGUGAUUCGGCGCGCGGACGUCAUACGUCGUCGUCCACGCGCGGUAAGGACGCGUUGGAGAAGAUUCGUUCGCGACUCGAAGGCGUGGUUGUUGGCGUCGGCGCGGCGCCUUCACUCCCGCUCUCGCCGCAGGGCCAAGCCCGUCGUCUGAUCGAAGAGGCCGUGUCGUUGUCCAACCUAGGUGCGAUGUACAUCUGGUGGAUGGCUUGGCACUGA